UAAUAAUGGUCAGGUAAUUAGCUCAAGAGUGCAAGGUAUUAAAAAAAUGGAGUGUUUUCCACACGAUUAUGCUGGAAAUUCAUACCUGAAAAUUGUGUAAUACUUUAUAAAACCGUGAGUACGAGAAUGGCGAAUGUUCAUUGUGGCUCAGGCAUUGCUGGAUACAGGAGAUUUUUACAUUUUCGCUACCCCUGAAUUACAAGCAAAUUUUGUCCUCGUCAUGAAGUGCCCUGCACUUUUAGCUCUGUUGCUUUUAGCACUUUAUGUAACUCCAGGCUCUUGCCGGUCCAAAAUCAGUGAUGUCAAGCCAAAGAACUCUGCGGUUGUAAUUCUGGCGGAUGAAGAGACGUCUACGCCGCCUCCACCUCUGAGCCUUCCACCAACUCCUCCACCCCCUCAAGACGAGCGAGAAGAAGUUGGCAGGUUCCUGGUGGCUCAAGUCGGAACGAUCAUGUGCUACAGAAGUUGGGAGAUUGAUAGCACUGUGGACUUUCACCUCUGUUACGUGUGUUUCAACGACACGUUAAAGCAUCCAAGCAACGUGACCUCUAAGAGCGAUCACAUAUCUCAAGUGGAAGGCUGUUUCAACAAACACAUCUCCAAAACUGAGUAUUUCACCGAAUGUCUCCCCAAACUGAGGGAUUCAUCCUUGCCAAACAAGCCGUACGACAUUUUCGUGUCGGAACCUCCGUUCAAUUACCCGUAUCAGAAUUUUGCCCGGUGCGCUCAUGGUGUUACAUAUAAACAGGAGGCUGUAAAAUGCAUAACGGAUAAUGACGUGGUGCAAGGAGUGGGUGACUUCCUAACUAGAUUUGCAUGCCUUAUGAACAACAUUGUUCUAGAUUCGAGACGAUUUUCUAACGCCAACCUGGCAGAACUUCUUAGUUCUGUUCCACAAGGGCAACGCAAUAGAACUGAUGGGGCUGAAACUCGCGAGUCUCCAUGAAAAGUUUGCAAUGCAUCAUAUUUAAGUCAGAUAAGAUAAAUUUAUUAUAAGUACAUGAAUUACUCAUGUCAGCAGAAGCUGGAAUAUCGCGUAGCAAAAAUUAAUCUCAAUUUAUUCGCAACGUUAAAUUUGAGUUGUUCUUAACACUUCUUGUUCUUAGACAAAAUUUUGAAGCAAUUUGCAAAAAAUCACAAAAAGAUAAAAUUAGCUAAUUUGAUGGGUUCAUUUCUGGCAUAUGCCAAUAUGAAAUAUGGGAGAAAUGAACUAUUAUUAACCAAAAAAUUUGCGAUUAUUGUUAGCACACCACUUUAUUCUAUCAAGUUACUUACUAAAUUACCAAUAUUCUGUCUCUGAAUACAUUCAUUUUCCAUAUUUUAUAACAGAUGUUUAAACAUUGAAUAGAGCUGCAUAAAUCUUUCCGAA